AGAAGAAACUCCACAAGUCUUCCACGUUAGAGAACGUUUGUUUUCAUUCAGUAUGUUUUCCAAGAAGAGAGAAGGCGCGAGGGACGGCUCUAUUAAAGGGAAAAGGAAAAAGAAACGGGAUGAGUGUGAGGCGCCUGCGCAACUGACUUCCGUGUUAGAAGACGAAGAGGUGAAGAGGACGGUGAGAGAAGCGUGGAGGAAUAAAAGUCACUACAAACAUGGUGACCUGGAACUGGACUGUCAUCCUUUCCCUCACUGCAUCAUUCAAAACUUCUUGGGCAGCGAGUCCUUCACAGAAAACCUGCAGAAAGAGCUGCUUCAGCUCAAUUUCCACGAGAAAUCCAACGACCUGUACAAAUUCAAACAGUCUGAUGACUUAAGGAAGCGAACGGAACCUCACAUCGCAGGCCUGAGGUCAGCAGUGUUUGGGAUUUUCCGCCUGUGGCUCGGAGAUGUAUUGGGAGCGGAGCUGGGGGCCACAGUGGAUAUUUCGUGCGCCAAAUAUGAAUACACUGAUGUCCUGCUUUGUCAUGAUGAUGAGUUGGAAGGAAGGCGGGUGGCCUUCAUUCUCUACCUCGUGCCUCCAUGGGAGAGCAGUGAUGGGGGCUGCCUUCAUCUUUACUCCACCGAUAGUAACGUCCAACCUCUGGCGAUGGUGAAAUCUCUUAUUCCAUCUUGGAAUACUCUUGUUCUGUUUGAAGUCUCUCCCGUCUCCUUCCACCAGGUGUCAGAGGUGUUGUCGCGGGACAAGUGCCGCCUCUCUCUUAGCGGCUGGUUCCAUGGACCCUCACUGGAACGACCUCCUCGUUAUGUGGAGCCCCAGAUCCCGCGGAGCCCACACAUACCCAGAGAUGAGACGGUGCUGCUGGAGUGGAUCAACCCUGCCUACCUGGAUGUUUCCUACCAGGAGCAGAUCCAAGAAGAGUUUGAGGAAAGCUCUGAAAUUCAGCUUAAAGGUUUUCUGAAAGAGGAUAAAUUCAAAGAGGUGAAUGACGCGCUCCGACUGUCUGGGAUUGACUGGAGGAGAAGAGGUCCUGCGAACAAGAGGUGCUACGAUGCAGCUUCUCUGGAGACUCUGCCUCCGGUAGUGAAGGAGCUUUGGGAGCUGCUGUGCGCCGAGUCGUUCUUCCUGCUUCUGUCUAACUUCACUGGCCUGCGACUUCACUUCUUGUGUCCCAAUGACGACGAUGAGGAGAAGGAUCAGGACGAAACUAGUGGAAGCUCCCUGAGUGAACCAGCAGAGCCCAGCAUACCAAAGUGUCAUGGCGAGCUGCGUCGGUGGUCACACGGGUGCUACACUUUACUGCAUGAUGGAGAAGCUGCUCAAGCAGAGUUCGCUCUGGACCUACUUCUUCCCUUCUGCUGUGCAGACUGGCCACCUGAGUUUGGGGGCUACACCUGCUAUGUUGCCAAUGGAGAGGAUGAAGAGCUAUUGACUGUGUACCCAGAGGAAAACUCCCUUGCUCUCGUCUACAGGGACAAGGAAACCCUGAGAUUUGUCAAACACGUCAACCACAAAGUCGCUCAUGACUCUGCUGACACAAACUUCUGUGACUUCUCCUUUGUUUAUUAUGAAUAAAAGACCUUUUAAAGGAAACUUUGUUUCUGUCUUAUUACUUCAUCCAGGCCUCCUGCAGAGGCAAAGAUCAUUCUUGUUACUCCGUUGCAGCCAAGAUUCUCUUUUAUAACAAGGUUUGAGGUGUUGAGAACUGAAAAGUUAAAA